GAGCGGCCGCCGCCGGCGGAGGCGCGGCCCGAGGACGCCAUCCCGGACCGGCCGGAGAACGCUGCCGUGCGCGACUUCCUCGCGCACGCGCCGAGCAAGGGCCUCUGGAUGCCCAUGGGCGUCGAGGUCAAGGUCAUGAAGUGCUGGCGCUGCAAGGCCUACGGCCACCGCACGGGCGACCGCGAGUGCCCGCUCAACGCCACCGGCAACGUCGUCCUCGACGCCGAGCGCGUCGCGCGCGAGGACCCCAUGGCGGCCCUCGCCCUCAAGCGGCAGCGC